AAAUCGCAAUCACCGCAUGAGCCAGCGCGAUGAUAUUAAACGCCCACUGUCAUAUGAGAUCAGGGGCGUCGUCAGGCGGAGCAUGUUGCUCAGGUUUAGCAGUCAACCCCCUUCUCUGCAAAUCCAACUUCCAUUAACUUCCCUCUCUUUUCUCCCUCCAACAUGAUGCCCUUGUUUCCCGCUGUAACCUUCAAGCAGCACCAACUCUAAUAAUCCUUCCUCUUAGCUUUCUUAAACCUGCUCCAUACGAUCUCUCACAAACAGGGGCUAUGGGAGGUAAGGUUAUGAGCUCCAAUUUUUGUAGAUUUUGGAUUCUUCUGGCGUUGUUUGCUGUGGUGGAUUCUUCCUGCAACAGCACCGACUACGAGUUGGUCUCCAAAGCCUUUCAAUCUGUCGCUGGCUUUAAUGUUUCCUGGUUCCAUACGCAAGGUUUAAACUGUUCAAAAGCUUCUCAGAUUACUUCCAUACAGCUUGCUUCCAAGAAUCUGAGGGGGGUUAUUUCUUGGGCUUUCAUCAGGAAUAUGUCUGACUUGCACGUUCUCGAUCUUUCUGGGAAUUUUCUCCAAGGCCAUGUACCUCGCUGGUUUUGGACAUCUCCCAACUUAUCAAAAGUUGAUCUUUCUAAUAACAAGUUUGGAGGGAGCAUUGAGCUCGAAUCCCCCGCAGGAAACUCCCCGUUUUCAUCGGUUCAGAGUCUCAAUCUCUCUCACAACAGCUUCACCAAUCUGCCUCAACUCUCUGGUUUCUCAAACCUCAGAAUUCUCGACCUCUCGCAUAACAAUUUGAGGACUCUGCCCACUGGGUUUCGAAACCUCACCGGGCUACACCAUCUCGACCUCUCAAGCUGCAAUAUCAAAGCAAACGUAAAAACCAUUUCUGUUCUGCGCUCGCUGAAUCACUUGGACUUGUCGAACAACACUUUCAAUGGCAAUUUCCCUUCUGAUUUCCCUCCUCUGGAGGAGCUCAAGUUCUUAAACAUUUCUUACAACAACUUCACGGCACUGGUUCACUUGGACAAGUACAAGAAAUUUGGCAACUCAGCUUUCAUUGACGCCGGAAACAACUUCGCUCACAAUACAUCUAGUACCCCCAGUCUUGAUCCGCCUUCUCAUCAUGCUUUAAAAGCCUCGACGAACCACCACAAACACAAAACUCUGGUGGCGGCUGUAUGCUCUGCUUCAGCAUUUGUGCUGGUUCUAUUUAGUAUAUGGGCGUUUUGCAUUUACAGAAAGAAGAGGCGACUGGCGAAGAAGAGGAAAUGGGCAAUCUCGAAGCCAGUGCCUCAGGGAAUAAAGGUGGACAAAUCGGGGCCUUUCGCAUUCGAAACCGAGUCAGGAAGCUCGUGGGUAGCGGAUUUGAAGGAGCCAUCGUCGGCACCCGUGGUGAUGUUCGAAAAGCCGUUGAUGAACCUUAGCUUCAAGGACCUGAUAGCUGCCACGUCACACUUCGGCAAAGAGUCGAUGCUGGCGGAGGGAAGGUGCGGGCCCGUGUACAGAGCCGUCGUCAUUCCCGGCGACAUCCACGUGGCGAUCAAAGUUCUGGAGAAUGCAAGAGACGUCCAUAGCGAUGACGCCAUCGCGCUGUUCGUUGACCUGUCUAAGCUCAAACACCCCAAUUUAUUGCCACCAUCCGGAUACUGCAUUGCAGGUAGCGAGAAGCUGAUUUUGUACGAGUUUAUGUCAAACGGCGAUUUGGGUAGGUGGCUGCAUGAGCUGCCAACGGGGCAAACCGACGUGGAGGAUUGGACCGGUGACACGUGGGAGAUUCAGAACGGCUCCGGAUCGCAGGUCUCAUCCCCACCGGAGAAGAUGAACUGGCUGACACGACACCGUAUUUCCGUCGGGAUUGCUCGGGGGCUAGCGUAUCUUCACCACGCGGGGUCAAAGCCCGUCGUCCACGGCCACCUAGUGACUUCAAACAUCUUGCUCGGCGACGACUUGGAGCCCCGGAUCGCCGAUUUUGGGAUCCAAAGCAUCGGGAAGGAGCAGCAGAGCCCGACCUGCAGCACAGAGACGGACGUUUACUGCUUCGGGGUGGUGCUGAUGGAGCUGUUAACAGGGAAGCCCGGCACGGCGGAGACGGUGGUCCGGGUGAGAAAGGCGGUGAGGGAGGGGCAGGGGGAGCGCGCGUUGGAUGAGAGGCUGAGACUGAGCUGCGAGCGGGAAAACGAGAUGCUGGAGAGCCUGCGAGUCGCGUACUUGUGUACGGCCGAGUCGCCCGGCAAAAGGCCCACCAUGCAACAGGUUCUGGGUUUGCUCAAAGACGUUCACCCACACGCCCCGAGUUGACUCGCUCCCCAACCCGUUCCUCUUUUUCGAGUUCCAACACAGUAGCAAUCAUGAACCACGCUCUUUGGGAGCGCCUGGAACGCCGCCUCGUUAAAGUGACGAAUUCCUGAUUCCACGUUGAGCGGGAGUUGUUUGUACGGGCAGGGAGUUCGCGUGGUGUUGGCUAUGGAGUUUUGGAUCAUCCUGGUUUGUUUCCUAAUGUAUUAUAAUAUUUUUUGAAAAGAAAAGGAGAGGGAAAAAAAGACGGGAAAAAAAAAGUGGGGUAGGAAGGAUAGCUUUUGCGAAGGAUUCUGAUAAACCAAAAGGUUGAGAGAGGCGUUACGCAGCAUAUAUAUAUUUUUUUCUUUUUGCUUUGAGGAGCAUAAGACAGGGAGGGUUGCUUCAUUGUUUAAUAUUGCUUCUCUCUUUCACUUUGGGUCUUUAUGCCUUUUUUUUGUUUUGGUUUAAAUUGAGUGGUGGGUUUGUGAUUUCAUGUGGCAAGAGAAUAUCCUACCUUUGCCUUUAGUCCCAAAAAGAAACAAAGAGGAGGGAGGAUAGAUAGUUACACCUAAACUUGGCCAUAUUUGCGGGUUAUGCUUUGUUUUCUAUAUUCACACCCGAAGGGACCAUUUACUUACAUUGCCGUGUGCUACCGGAAGUGCCGCUGGUUUCGUGUCGUUUUUUGGGGUAAAUUCUUGUGAUUUGUCAAUACUGGAGGCUGAUCCUGAUUUGUUGUUUCAUUGGUCAAUGAGUCAACUAUUUACAAUUGUUGAAGCUACCUUGGAAUUUCUUUCUUCGGGGUAUUAAAAAAUUGAUUGGGGUCUUUAAGACGCCUAGAAUUUGAGUGAUGCAGUGUCUCCCAGCAUGGAAAUUUCCAUAUACUUUUAUAUUCUCUCAUCAUUUCAGGUGUACCUUUUGGAUGGGAUUAAGUAUUGUUUAAUUCAUAUAGUAUAGUCCCGUUGGUUCAACUAUAGAAUGUACUGGUCGGCUCUGUGAGUCUAUAUUUUGCACCUCUAAGUCAA